AUGGGUGCGUGUGCCUGCGGCGCAUCAUACGUGCCGAGGCGGCUGCUGACAACUCUGUUGCUCUUGGCUGCCGUGCUGCCGACGAGCGGUGACUGCCCCAAAUCAUGCGCCUGUCACGUACCGACAGAGCUGCACUGCACCUUCAGAUACCUGACCGCAGUACCUGACCACAUCCAGCCAGCUGUGGAAAGAAUUAACCUAGGGUACAAUAGUCUGACUGUCUUAAGAGAACACGAGCUUUCCGGACUUGAGAAUUUAGAGCUGUUGAUGCUGCACAGCAACACUAUUGAGAGUAUUGAAGACAGAGCCUUCCAAGACCUCAAGUCAUUACAGGUCCUCAAGAUGUCCUACAAUAAAGUAAAAAGACUCAACAAAGAGACAUUUAAAGGCCUGGACAGUCUGCAGAGAGUCCACAUGGACCACAAUCACAUUGAGUUCAUCCACCCAGAGGCUUUCUAUGGCCUAACCAACCUGCAGUUGGUCCAUCUGGAGAGUAACCACCUCCAGCAACUCCACCCAGACACAUUCAUCACACUGAGACACAGCCAGGUCUUCAAGGUGUCCUCAGUGAAAAACAUCCACCUGUCGGACAACCUCCUCACCACGCUGCCUGCAGAUAUUUUUGCAGGCUGCAGCCAGCUAGAGAACGUUUUCCUCCAUGGUAACCCCUGGACAUGUGACUGCCGUAUGAAGUGGUUCCCAGUGUGGACACAGAGGAACACAGGUGUGCUGAAAUGCAAGCGGGACCGGAAAAAUUCAAGAGGACAGCCAUGUCCUGUUUGUGAAAACCCUUCCCCUUACCACAACAGACCUCUAUCCCUUCUCCCCAAUGAUGCCUUCACUUGUACAAAACCUUGGAUCCAACCUGAGCUGAAGCAGAAAAACAUCAGCCUGGAUGAGGGGGACUUUACUCCAGUUUCCUCCAAGGAUUUCAUUGCCCCAUUAGGCUCCAUCCAAAUGAACCUGACGGACCAGUUUCACAGCGAUGCCAGUUUAUCCUGCACUGUCCAGAGGCCGUCUGCUUUUGAUAAUUUAACACAAACCCUGAAGGAAGAGGAGGGAAAUAAUGUCACUGUGAUUACCACUGGCAUAACUGCCUAUUUGGUGUGUAACAUUGACUAUGAACACAUCCAGCAGCUGUGGCAGAUCCUGGCCUCCUACAGUGACUUUCCCAUGAGGUUAGAGAGAGGUUUAAUGCUGGCCAGAAGCCCAGAAAUGGUGUACAGAUACAGUCAGUUACAACCAAAAGAGGAAGAGGAAAGAAUUCACACGAACAUUGAGGCUGACAUUAAAGCCUCCCCUGCAUGGCUGAUGCAGGGAGAGGUGAGCCUCCAGCUUGACCGCACUACUACCACUUUCUCCACAUUGCACAUUAAGUACCAGUCUGUGGUCAACCUACGAGUGGAAAACACAUCACCUAAGAAGGACCGCUACACCUGGACCAUGAUUAAGAGAGAUAAUCAAACCAAGACUGAGCACACUGUACUUACAGGUGGUAUGGCACAAUUGAGCUGUCAAAUCCAAGGUGAGCCAAAACCUUUGUUGGAGUGGAUAUUACCCGAUGCAAGUAAAGUCAGAGCCCCUUACUCCAGUGAGGACAUGAGGAUCAUAAUCACUGCUGAAGGGCAGCUCACUCUACAGGCUGCAGAUGCCUCAGAUACAGGCCUCUACCAAUGCAUUGCCACAAACUACCUGGAUGCAGAUAUCCUCGUGUUUCGGGUAACAGUUCUGACAGCAGAUGUGGAAGAAACUGAGGUCAACGGUGUCCAACUCUCACGGCCACUGGGUGAAAAUCUGGAGUUUGACUGUAGCUCCUCUGGGAGCCCUGAGGGCUCGGUACAUUGGAUCCUCCCUGAUCACUCAGUGCUGGAUACGUCUCAAGGGACUAGAAAGGUGUAUAAGAAUGGGACUCUGCUGAUUCAGGGCCUCACAGUGAGGGACAGAGGGUUUUAUAGAUGUUUGGUUGCCAAUCACCUGGGAGUGGACCUGCUAGUGUCUCAGGUGACAGUGACUGAGAAAACACCUGAAAAGGUGAUAGUUUUAGAUAGAGAGGGAUCAGGGAUAGAACUGUCCUUCAAGGUGGAUUCUAACUUUACACAAAAUACAGUCAGCCUUAACGAGAUCCCUUCUACCAGUCCCAGGGAUAGAAAUAGUCAGGAAUCAAAGACCAUCACCUCAGAUCGACCUUACCCAAGACAAGGGUUCCAGGGUAGAGGAGGCACUGGGGGUAGACUGGGACAGAGAAGGAGGAGGCCAGUCAGCUCCAGACGCACCUGGAGUAGAAAGGUCUUUGAUAAAGCUUCCAGGAUAGUAAACCCAGAGAAAUUUGCUGAAUUAAUGAAGAAGGCUCAAGAUGGAUCAAGAAAAAGGAGUGGCACAGAAAAAGAGAGGUUGAAAUAUGAAGACCCACAACCUGGUUCUUCUGGUGAUGGUGAACUUGGCUCUAGUGUGGGUCAAAACGAAGAUGAUCUUAUUGUUGUACCAUGGACAAUUAAACCUACGAUAGAUAAUCCACAAGAUUUUCCAAUAUUCGGACAAGAUAGGUCUCAUCAAACUGUUUUUACGGAAACCACAGUCAGGGAUCGCUUUGAUAGAAGCACAGUAACAGAAAAUACACAUUCAUAUAUGCAGUCAGACUCUACACUGAUCCAGUCCACAUUUACUGAUUAUCCAAGUUUUGUUGACAAGACCGAGUUUUAUACCCCGGAAAGAAGCAGCAAGCCGCCCUCAAACAUGCACCCAGUCACCAUCCAACUAACAGUGACCGACACCUCACAAGAAACUCAGCUCCAGUUCUCAGGAGAACACUUCACAGAGCCAGACACAUCAACAGAAGCAGCACUUCCAAUUACCACUGACCCUAACAUAACUCUAAUGAGGGAUGGCCCAGGAACAGUGGGGUUAGUCAUCCACACAGACCUGGAAAGCCAGACCACAUUCACAGCUGUUACCACCACGGAGAGACAGAAGGAUGAGAUCACCUUCCAUACCACACAAACAAUCAAAUCCCCAAACCUGCCAGCAGGAUCCACCAUCAUCUCCCGGCAGCAGAUCCACAUCAUCCCAAACAAGAACAGCAGAGGUGGGGGCCGCAGGAGGACUUUCCAAGGCCGCAGGAGGAUUAUAAAACCUAACAAGAUCACUGACAUACAGUCCUUCAUCAGUAAACUUAAACAGCCUUCAGUGAAGAUUGAAGGGAACGCUUCGGUGCCAUAUCGAAUUGAACUUACUACAGAGAAAAAGGGGACAGUGGCCACCGAUGUGCACGUGGUCACACCAACAGCCUCCUCAAGUUCAUCUUUACACAGUACAGAAAGAACUACCACUACGCAGUUUACGGCAGAGGAUUAUGUUGGGAGUGGCUACACAUCUGCACCGAAGAGGCCAUUAAUCACCCAAACGCCCUCAACUACAGCACAAAGUACAACAGUGAGCUUAACAACAACGCCUGCUGCUAUUCCUACCACCACUGCAAACUCACUGGCUGAACCUGAGACUCUAUCCCCAUCGAGAAGCAAAGAGAGCAGAGAGAGCUCAUUAGAUGAUGACUAUGGAGAUUCAUCCUCUGCAGAUUUUGAGUUCACAACACUAAGACCCAGCUUUCAACAUAUAACAACGACCACUUCUUCUUAUUACUCCAUGUCCUCAACUACUGCUGAAACACCACCAGAAUCACAGACUCUACCCUCCCCACCUACUGUCAAGCCAGCUUCAAAUAAAACUCCUGAUGAAUCCUUAUCAUCUGGGUCUGGUGGACUCCGUAAUAAAUGGGUUGGAAUUAGACAGAGGCCUGGUGGGACGAGAGGACGGCAGGGCGGGAGAAGGAGGCCAUUUGGGGGCAAGAGACCCUUCAAGAAACCUGCAGUAAAUAAAGCACCUUCUACCACAACUAAAGGUCCAACUACAGAAACCACAUCUUUGGAAACUACAAUAGAGACAACCCCACCUCCUCAACAAUCAGUUUCACUCUUAAAGCCCCUGAACACACCAUCGCAGAAAGAGGACAGCACAACAGAAUCUGUUUCUGCUGAACAAAUGUCAAAGGAGACUGACUUGUUUGAGGAAUUUGAGUCUAGCAGUUUACCUAUUUAUACAAAAAAGACACCUUUAAGGACUUCAACAAAUAACCCUACCACCACAUCAAUACCAGGUAGCACAAAAGCUUUCUACACAACAGUUCAGGCUAGAGACCACAGCAACAUCAGACCAUCAACAGAGUGGAACAAGGGUCAAAACACCCACAGGCCACCAAUGAGCGGAAUCAAACCUACUGUGCAAAGCAGUGCUACCAGAGACAGUGCAGAUAAGGAACUUACCUAUGACACAGUGACCAUCCAUACAGCCGGGCAAGGUUAUAUCAACACCCCUGCACCAUACAACAACCUAGGCACACACAAUGCCAUUUCUAGUGUUUACAAUCAUGACACUGACAAUGAAGCCACAAGUACCUAUAUUGCUGGUUUUGAACCCACUAAAAAGGUCAUGGCAAGCAAGCCGAAGAUAGUUGGUGGGAAUGCAGCCAGUUUUACCAUUUUGUCCAACUCAGAUGCUUUCCUGCCGUGUGAGGCUGUUGGAAACCCCCAGCCGGAUAUAACCUGGAAACGCUUUUCCUCAACCACAGGAAACAGUUUCACCAUUAAGGGUAUAAUGGACAAGUUUGAAGUUAUGAGUAAUGGGACACUGUUAAUCCAGAACGCCGGCAUUAAGGAUCGUGGCCAAUAUCUCUGUCUAGCUGAGAAUGAUCAUGGAUCAGAUAAACUUCUUGUCACCCUCUCUGUGGUGGCCUACCCAUCACGCAUACUGGAGCCAAAAAUGCGUGAGAUGAAAUCUCAUGCAGGAAACACUGUAGAGAUGAACUGUAAAGCAGAGGGUCGACCCUCUCCCAUGAUAUCCUGGAUCCUGGCUAACCGGACCCAAGUCAAAGGUCAAAACACAGAGCGGGAAAGGGUAUCGGUAUCUGCUGAGGGAUCCCUGGUCAUUAAGCAUGUGUCUGUUUAUGACAGAGGUCUUUACAAAUGCAUUGCGAGUAAUCCAGCUGGAGCUGAUACUGCUACCGUCCGCCUGCAGGUUGUGGCAGCUCCACCAGGAAUCACAGAGGACAAACGACAGCAGCUCAAAGCUAGUGUAAACCAGAAGUUAUGGCUACCCUGCACUGGUAAAGGCAGUCCUAAACCUGCUAUUCACUGGGUCCUUCAUGAUGGGGCAAUGGUACAAUCGAACAGACCUACCAAAGACAAAAGGAUAUCAGUGUAUGAGAAUGGAACACUCCACAUUAAGGAUGUGAUCUCAGCAGACAGUGGGAAAUAUGAAUGCAUUGCAACCAGCUCUACUGGCUCAGAGCGACGGGUGGUGACUCUGGCAGUCGAGAAGCAAGAGUCUACCCCUAAAAUAGUGGACACAUCCCAGCGCAUGACAGAGUUGUUCUUUGGGGAUCAGUUAAGACUGAACUGUUCAGCAACAGGAGACCCCAAACCUAGGAUCAUGUGGAGGUUACCCUCUAAAGCUGUGGUGGACCAGUGGCACAGGAUCGGCACCAGAAUCCAGGUCCUGGAUAAUGGUACUCUUAUUAUUAACAUUGUGAGUGAUAAAGAUGCUGGAGACUACAUCUGUGUGGCCCGAAGCAAGAUGGGUGAUGAUCUCCAAAUCAUGAGGGUUAGUGUGUCAAUGAAGCCAGCCAAGAUAGAGCCUAAUCCCUAUGGCAAGAAACAGGUACCCUAUGGUAAUGAUUUGAAGGUUGACUGUAAAGCCUCAGGAGCACCAAAGCCCGAGAUCUCCUGGGGUCUACCAGAUGGUACCGUGGUCAACAGCGCUCUGCAGGCUGACGCAAGCAGUGGCGGGGGACGAGCACGGCGCUACACUCUGUUUGACAACGGAACUCUUUUACUAAACCAGGUUGGCAUGUCAGAGGAAGGAGACUACACCUGCUUUGCUCAGAACCAAGUGGGCAAGGAUGAGAUGCAUGUCCAUAUAACUGUGGUCACUGCUGCGCCCAGAAUACGACCAGCGAGCCAGACCUAUGCCAGGGUGAAGCCUGGAGGGGACAUCCGCUUUGACUGUGAAGCACUUGGUGAACCCAAACCCAAGAUUCUGUGGAUGCUGCCAAACAAUGAUGUAAUUGCAGCAUCAAAUGAACGCUACCUAAUGCAUGUCAAUGGUUCUCUGGAUAUCAGGGACGUGCAUCUUAUCGAUGCUGGGGAGUAUGUUUGCAUGGCUCGCAACCCUGCUGGAGACAAUAGCAAAGUCUAUAAGCUUGACAUAGAUGGGAAUCCACCAGUGAUCAAUGGCUACCACAAGAACAGGACUGUGUUCAAAGAUGUAGCUGCUAAAUACUCCAGGAAAUUUAUAGACUGUAAGGCUGAAGGAAAUCCCACUCCUACCAUUACUUGGAUUAUGCCUGAUAACAUCUUUCUUAAAGCACCAUACUUUGGCAGCAGGAUUAAUAUCCACUAUAAUGGGACAUUGGAGAUUCGUAACGUGCGGCCGACUGAUACAGCAGAGUUCAUAUGCAUGGCAAGGAAUGAUGGGGGGGAGGCGGUAAUGGUGGUGCAGCUGGUGGUGACCAGAAUGCUCAGAAGGCCAAUCUUUAGGAAUCCCUACAAUGAACGUAUUGUGUCUCGGAUUGGGAAAACCACAGUUCUGAACUGUGCUGCUGAUGGACAGCCAGUGCCAGAGAUCAUCUGGACUUUGCCAAAUGGAAUACGAUUCACUGGUGAACCUGAUGGUGGGUCUGGCCACCACCUAGGCAACGAUGGGACCUUGGUCAUUAACAACACACGCAAAGAAGAUGCUGGGAAGUACCGCUGUGGGGCAAAGAAUUUCAUGGGCUACAUAGAGAAGCUUAUAAUUUUGGAUGUUGGCCAGAAGCCUUACAUCCUGACCAGGCCUAGAGGUAUCAUACGCAGUGUGUCUGGGGAACCUCUAUUCCUUCACUGUCUAUCUGAUGGGAGUCCAAGUCCCAGGAUCCACUGGACCAUUCCUGAUGGUCACACUCUUACUCGGCCUCAAAUCCUUGGGCGUUACCAGUUGUUAGAGAAUGGUACUUUAAUUGUGUAUGAUACUACUCUCCAUGAUCGAGGGAACUACAUCUGCAGAGCUCGGAAUGAUGGUGGGGAGGCUGUGCUCACUGUACCUGUUGUUAUUAUUGCUUACCCACCACGGAUCACAUCAGGGCCUCCACCAAAUGUAAGGGCAGUAACUGGGAGACCUAUCCAGCUCAACUGUGCUGCCAAUGGAAUCCCGAAGCCAGAGAUAACCUGGGAGCUGCCCGAUCGUUCAGUUCUUUCUAAGGCCCAACAGGGUCGGCCUUUGGGUAGUGAGCUGCUCCAUCCUCAGGGAACACUCAUCAUCCAGAGACCCACAGUCUCAGACUCGGGCACAUACAAGUGCCUGGCCAAGAACCACCUGGGCACAGACUCAAAGGUCACAUAUGUACAUGUUUUGUGAGAAAACUAUUUGAGACAAAACAGUAGAGUGGUACAUCUGAGUGUAAAUAAUAACAGACAGAGAUAUUUGCGUUGGCAAUGUACAGUACAAUUCUUUCUCACUUAUGGAUUUAUCACUUAUGUGAGGAUGAUAGUUUGUGGAAUAUUAUUUAAAAAUUUGAUAGAUAUUGAUAAAAGAGAGAAAGGACAGUUAACUGUAACGUUUUAAGACAUUUAACUGUAACCUCCAGCCUGGGAUUAGAAAGGUGCUAUAUCAACUUUGGACCAGUGGGCCUGGAAAAGUAUAUGGUGUUCUCAAUUGGAGUGCUUCUCUUGAGAGCAAAAGUGCAUACAGUCCAAUGAUUUCUUUACUUUACAGGAGGAUACAAUUACAACGUAUACAAGGGGGAUGAAUUGUGUAGCAGAUUGCAAUAAAGAAAGAACACUCCCAAGAUGUUUGUACUACCCUUCAGAUACACGUUGUUGCAGUCAUGACAUGUUGCUUUAUGUUUAACAGCAAAUAAAAAGACAAAAGACACAUAGUAAUUAAUUGAAUGUUACAUUGGAAGAAGAUGGUACUUUUUUUAUUUUACAAAAAUAUACACAGUAUGUCGCUUGUUUAACACUGGACAGAUAUCUGCAUUAUAUUUCAACCAGAAUGACAUUAUGAUUUUCGUAUUUUGAUGGAGUUUUAAGCAGUUUCCUUUAUUUCUAUUCACAGCACAAACAAUACUAAAUACACAUCAGUCUAUUGUGUUGUACACAAUAUUUUAUAUAAUGUUAU